AUGAUACGAGCCGACUCAGUUUGGUAUGGGAUUGGUAUCGGCCGAAUCCGAUCCCGAGAGCGAUUCCUAUAUCACCUGAAGAAUGGAAGAAAGCAUAUCCAGAUUCAAAUUUCACUGUAGCGCGAGAGACACACAAGCACAAGAGGCAGGAUCCGUUCAAGAAAGCAUGUGGAAGUUAGAGAUUAGGUUCGAACGAAGAUUUUUUCUGGGUCUUUUUCAUCUUUUUUCCGUUUCUCAUUCUCAUAAGAAAGGUUCCGUUGAGCGAAGAAGAAGCAGAUAUUCUAAUGGACUGAAGGGGAAUGUGGAUGAGAUUGCCUUCUCUGAAGUGCUCUUGAUUCGCCCUUCGAUAAUCCUUUUGGCGCUUAAUGUCGCUGAGAAUGAGUUUCUCUUCUCUAAUUGUAUUAAAACUGAAGAAUUUCUCUGCUUUGCAAGGCGAGUACACUCAAUUGCAGUUUCAGAACUCUACUGUUAUAUCAAAACAGCAACAAGAGCGGCAGAAUCAAGAACAACUAAAGACCCAUGAAGGUGGAGAGGGAAGAGGGAACCCAGCAGCUGCUGCUCCACUUCUUCUAUGAGUGGCCACCAAAGAACAGUGACUGCUAUACAACCUAGCUCUCGAUUUCAAUGCCCAUGCCGUCUCUUGACCUCCUUGUCUAAUUUCCAAACCUAAAAGGGAGCGGAAGAUGCAAAGAGAGGGAGAGGAGAGGAGGAAUAGAGUGGCAGAGGGAGAUGCAGAUAGGGGAGACAGAAGGGGGGAGAGAGAGGGGGAAAGUGCAACGGCGGUGCCGCUGCGGGCUGCGGCUAGAGACGCCGCAGCGGGUGCAGCGGAGGUGGAGAGAGAUACAGUGGCAACAAAUUGAACGGUUAUCUUUUCUCUUCCAUCCAAUGACUCAAUAUGGCUAGUGGGAGAGUGUGGGUGAUUCCAUCCGACCCUGGCGGCUCACGAUCCUUUUUCCCGGAUAAGACAAUUACCUUGCGCCCCUGGUUUUCUGAACCCCCCAAAGCAAGAAACCAAUGUAGAUGGAGUCCAAGAGGCCUCGCGGGAGGGUUCCACUUGAGCUGCAGGGUUGGUCAGUAUACAUUAACAAAAAAUUUUCUGUUAAGAUCAAUCCUUCUGUGGGUGGUGAACAGUUUCCCUCCUCUCUCUCUUUCUCUGUCUUUCUGUGGUUUGUUUACUAAACAGCUCUGAUUUUGAGUAUGUAGUAAGUGACGUGAAUUUUGAUCUGCUACAAUUUUUUUGGAUACCUUGGAGGAGUUAAGUAAUUCAAAAGAAUGGAAAAAAGACAAAAGUGGGCAAGCCUAUGGCGAAACGGUUAAGUUUCACCAAUGCAGCAUGUUGGUCAUAGGUUUAGAACUUGGAAACAGCCUCUUCUGCGAAGCAAGGGAUAAGACUGUGUACAUUUGGCCUUCCCAGACCCUGCAAUAGCGGGAGCUUCGUGCACUGGGUUGCUCUUUUUUUUCCCCCCUUAAAUUUAGGUCCAUAUCUUCCUUAACCUUCCAAAAGAAUGUGACUUAUCACCAUGUUUGGAGGAAAUAUAAUUGAAAGGAACCCUUGGUCUCACACGCCUUAGUUUAGGGUUAAAAAUGAAAGCCUUGGCAGCGGCGAUCAUCUCCAUCGAUUCCGGCUCCGACAACAUUUUUCCGGCUACCAUGGCUCCAGCGAUUCCUCCUCCGGCUACUCCAGCUCCAGCAAGAUUCAGGAGUCAUACUGAUGGCAUACAUCCCACCACACAAGAGGCAUCUAAAAGAUUCAAAGAGGAGGAAAGGUAAAGAGGUAGUGUCAGGGAGAAGGAUAGAUAACUAUGCAACUCAAGCCAUAUCUAGAUUGUGGAUAGUUAGUUAUGUAGAUGAUCAAUGUCCUGCUGUCCAGCUGGAGCCAAUUUCCUGUGAAUCCUUUGAGCGAAAAGCUGGAAAAAAACCUCUGGUUUUAGUGAGUGUUCAUGCACCAGAAGGAUUUAAUGAGUCCACAAGAAGCUGUGAAAGAAGCCCAUGGGUUUCUGUCACAGAGAAGAUACGGAAUGAACUAGAAACAUCUGUGCAAAACAUGAUGAAUGAAAUGGAUUUGCAGGAGUCUGAAGAAGUAAAGCCUUUCUUUGUGGCAAAUUUUGGCAAAAUUCUCUUCCACUGGAGACCAUCUAGUCAACUGGUCAGCCAAAAAUCAGCUCUUGAAACUGCUUUGAGUCAAGUGAAAAGAUCAUUCUAUGGAAAUGUUCCUAGUUCAUUUGUUGAAUACAUUCUACAUAGUGUCAUACCAAAGAUUGGAGUUGAUUUUGAUGAAGAGCAAGAGUAUUACCAUGUGCAGAUCUUUGACAAAAACAGACCCCGUGCAACCUUGUCAUGCAAAUGCAGUGCUAUGAAAAUGGAGGGAAAACUAGAACUCCACAGGAUGCAAUUAAAUCAAGUGCCCCAAAUGGUAGUGGAUAUGUCAUGCCCUGAGAAGGAUCUAGACCUGAGGUUGAUGCUAUUCACUAAAAAGAUACUGAAGGAACUGCCUCACGAUGAGAUAAAUGGCAUAAAAAAUAUAAUUGCAGAAGCAAUUAUAGAUCCGGAUGUUAAGGGAGGAUUGAGAUGGCCACAGGGGAAAGAGACUUUUGGUGACAGAUACACUGUUGAGGGUACUUGGCACACAAAAGCUAAAACUUUUAGCAAUUCAUCAAUAAUGAUCCAGUUAAGAGAUGCUAAUCGAUAUGAUUUCAGGGCUUCAACCGGGGAAGUUACGAAAGAAGUUAGUCUGAGUAUGACAGGAAUAAGUAUGUUGUUACAGGAUCAGAUGGUGGAGAUGGGACCAAUCAUUGAGUUGCUUGAAGACACUUUGAAAUUGAUUUGGGAGCACUUUCUAAGAUGGUCUUCGGAGAUGACUGAAAAUUUUUCCCCUGGAGAGACUAGCUGGAUGCCACUGCAGAAGUGUCCAAGACUUGAUGAUCCUAGCGAGCCUAGAAGAGGACUUCCAGAAACCGGUGGGAGCUCUUUUACUGUUGAGGAGAACAGAGAAAGAGUCCAGCCAUCCCCAGUGACUCCUGGAGCUAUCCCAAUGCCCACUGGUAUAGCUGGUGACUUGUCUGGCUAUGGGGAAUUUCAGAGAAGAGAUCAAGACCCAGCUUUGGGCAGGCUCUUCUCCCAAGCUGCUUGCAAUGGAGCCUCUGAGGAAUCUCCCAAGGAGUUUGUCAUUCUUUGGGUGGUGCACUGGUAUAGGCAGGAGGUGCCUCCCGCACCAUCAAUGUCUGGGACUGAAAACAGUAGGAUGUGCUACAUGCUGAAGAGUUUUGUGGAUCCCUAUGAGGGGGAGAAGCUCAGGGUGGUUUAUAUUAAUGGGUGCAUACCAGGUUUCGUUUUCCCUCCAUGCUACCAGGAAGAGGCACGCCGGCUGAUGGACCAUUUCAGACGAGAGCUCGCCUCGUGUGUGGUGGAAUCUAUCUCCGUGUGGUCGGGCUUCUUCAUUGAUCUGUGUCGUGUCCUCCGCUCUAUGAGAGACAGGACGUAUGGAACACUGUCAGAGAGGGAGGCCCGUGGCUGGAUAAUAUCAUUGAGAGAUGGAGGGGCCAUGGGGGUGGAGCUUCCCGAGUUAAGAGCAUUGGUGGGGAGAGCAUGGUUGUUGUGUAUGGCACGAGAUGUGGCAGAGAAGAAGAUAGAGAUUGCACCGUUCUUAGCGAAAGUGGAUGUUCAGAAGAAUGAGGCGCAGAGAUUCCAGAUUGUGGCUGAAGUGAUAAAGUCAAUGGCACUUUGGCACACAGAGGAAGCAGAACAUCUUCUUGAUGAGGUCCAUUUCGUCUGGUUCAGGGGGAUUCCAUCACACUUGACGGGUCUCUUCUCUUGGUGCUUAGAAGAGUGGGAGGCCACUAAGCACCGAGAGAUUAUCUCUGAUUUAUUCCAUGAAGAUGGGAGUUGUUCGGUUCCCGGACAAUCUGCAGCACCUUCUGAAGCAUCUUAAAUUUAUCAUUUUCUCUCUUUUUCUUUUACUAGGCAAUAGAAGUUCCUUCUCAAAUUGAUGCAUGUCAUGCAUUAUGAACAUUUACAUUAAGAGUAUGACCCUUUUAAGUCACUUCCAUUUAUGGGGUCAUGAAGUAUGGUCACUUUUGAGGGCUUUUCAGAUUAUCUAAGAACCUUCGUAAUUAGGGGUGAACUUUUGCUAGGUUGCAUGGCAGGUCUGAGGAUUAGAUCACCGAGGUUGAAGGUUCUGUCCUUAAACAUGUUUCUGAUAUGCCAACUGUUGAUGAUGGAUGGCCAUCCUGUCUUCUGCUCU